UAUUUACUGCAUUUUUGGGCGCUAAUUCUGGACAUUUUUAACCCUUUCCCCCCCAGUUACCGCUACUGCAAGAACAAGCCCUACCCCAAAUCCCGCUUCUGCCGGGGGGUCCCGGACCCAAAAAUCCGAAUUUUCGACCUGGGCCGGAAGAAAGCCAAGGUGGACGAGUUCCCCCUGUGCGGGCACAUGGUGUCCGACGAGUACGAGCAGCUCAGCUCCGAGGGUACGGCGGGGAUUUGGGGGGUCCCAAAAAAUC